GCAACAGACUGACUGAGUCAGCAGAUCCGCGUGGAAGAGUUUGUUCGUGAGGAAAACCGCGUGCUGUAGUUUUGUGAUGCGACGACACGACAUACUUUAAAAGCUUGAAGUUCACGCGCGUCAUUAGAGGAUCACGAUGGAGGACAAACUGCCUGAGGAUCUCGCGAAUCUGUCCGAACUUCACGAGACAAGUUUGCUGGAGGUUUUGACGGCACGGUUCAAACAAAACCGCAUAUACACCUAUAUAGGAGACAUCUUGGUGGCUGUCAACCCAUUCAAAUAUCUGUCAAUCUAUGAAAGAGAGAUCUCAGAACAGUAUAAAUGCCACGACAAGAGGUCUUUACCCCCUCAUAUAUUCGCUGUUGCGGACCGAGCUUAUCAAUCCAUGCUGGGACGUCUGGCCACGGGACCCAAGAACCAGUGUAUUGUGAUCAGUGGUGAGAGUGGAGCGGGCAAAACCGAAAGCACCAAACUGCUGUUGAGACACAUCAUGGAGCUGUGUAAGGCCAACUCGCAGCUGGAACAGCAGAUCCUUCAGGUGAAUCCUCUUCUAGAGGCUUUUGGAAACGCUCAGACGGUCAUGAACGACAACAGCAGUCGCUUCGGGAAAUACAUUCAGCUCCGCUUCCAGAACUCUUCAGUCAAAGGAGCCAAAAUCAACGAGUAUCUCCUGGAGAAAUCCCGCGUGGUCCAUCAGGACGAUGGCGAACAGAACUUUCACAUCUUCUACUUCAUGUUGGCUGGGAUCUCGGCUGAGGAUAAAGAGAUGUACGGGCUUUUGGAUCCCAGGCGCUACCGGUAUUUAAACGGCAGGUUCGGGCAGGAAGACGGGGUCCAAAACUGGCGUUCGAAAUAUUCUGAAGUGUGUAAUGCCAUGGACAUGGUGGGAUUCGAAGAGCAGGAGAAGGUGGACAUGAUGACCAUUCUGGCAGGAAUCCUGUCUUUGGGAAACAUCGCGUUUGAAACGACAGAUCGUGACGUUCUGAGGGUGUCUGAGGCAUCGCGCGGAUGGCUGAAGGCGACUGCUGGUCAGUUUGGUGUUCAGGAGGAGGAUCUAUUGAAGAGUUUGACGUGCACAACAUCGGUGACGAGAGGAGAGGCCAUCCUGAGACUGCACAGCCAGCAGCAGGCCGAGGACGCCAGAGACUCGAUUGCCAAAGUGGCGUACGGUCGAGUGUUCGGCUGGAUCGUCAGUAAGAUCAAUGAACUGCUCGCUCCUCAAGUCGACGCUGAUGUUGAGCUGAAUGAAAUCGGAAUCCUCGACAUCUUCGGUUUCGAGAACUUUGCGGUGAACCGAUUCGAGCAGCUCUGCAUUAAUCUCGCCAACGAACAACUGCAGUAUUUCUUCAACCAUCACAUUUUUCUGAUGGAACAGAAGGAGUACAAACAGGAAGGCAUCGAAUGGGAGACGAUAGUCUACAAGGACAACAAACCCAUACUGGAUUUAUUCCUCACCAAACCCAUCGGGAUUCUCUCGCUGCUGGACGAACAAAGCGCCUUUCCUCAGGCCACUGACAGAGACUUUGUUGACAAGCUAAACGGCAAAUUUAAAACGGCUCCCAACUUUGAGGUGGUGAGAAGCCACACCCCUCUCUUCACUAUUGUGCAUUACGCGGGGAAGGUGCAAUACAACGCCUGCGGUUUUCUGGAGAAGAACAGAGACACGAUUCCGGCCAACAUCCGGGAGCUCUUCAUCAACAGCGUGACUCCUCUGCUCAGCGUUCUCUUCGCCGCCACGAUCUCUCGGACAGGGACACUCAUGCCACGGAAGGCCAAGCUACAAGUUUCAGAAGACAACUUCAACUCGACCAGGAAACAAUCUGUGGGGGCACAGUUCAAGCAUUCUCUGGCUGUUCUUAUGGAGAAGAUGUUUGCGGCCAGUCCACAUUUCAUUCGGUGCAUCAAACCCAACAGAAACAAACAGCCCGAUGAGCUGGACAGCCAACUGGUCAUGGAUCAGCUGAGGUAUAACGGCCUGUUGGAAACCAUUCGUAUCCGGCGAGACGGUUUCUCGUGGCGUCCGACCUUCAGGGAGUUUGUUGAGAGGUAUAACAUUCUGCUGGUGAAACCAAAUCUCCCGCUGGACAAAGAAAGUUGUGUAUCCAUCCUGAAUAGCACUGAGCUGUCUGGCUGGAAAUGUGGAUUAUCCCGGUUGUUUUUCAAGUACUGGCAUCAGGAGGAAUUGGCCCGUCUGCUGGAGAGGAUGGGCCGGGCAGCUGUCGUCAUUCAAAAGAAUUACCGCAUGAGGAUCUGCAGAAGGAAGUAUUUGGUUCUGAUAGCAGAGAUACGACGACAGCGACAGGCCCAACGGGAGAAAGAGGAGCGAGAGGAGGAGGAAAGGAGACAUAAGCUGCUGGAGGAGGAGGAGAGGAGACGUCUGGAGGUGGAGCAGGAGAACCUGCGCCCGGCGUUUCCACCGGUCCCUCUGCCGAGGAAGAAGAAGCCUCAGCCUAGCCCGCGCUCGGUGCUCAACAACCUCAUCAAAGCCCAACACAUGGCACCUGUGCCACGACCUCGCAGCAAACUGUUUGAGGCGACUCCGUUUGAUAAUGAACUCAAUGAGAAUGUUCAUCUGGACGUUUCUCUGGUGCUUCAGCCAAUAGAUGAAGAGCGUGUGAAAGAAAAGCACUUGAAAAAGACCAACACCAUCCGCUGGUUUAAAGAGACACAAGUGCGCAAGCUGGCAAGAGAUGGAGAAUUCCCCAGCUGGUUCCACGGAAUGAUCACAAGAAGACAAGCAGAAGAUCUUUUGAUCGAUAAACCUCUCGGAUGCUUUUUGGUGCGUGUUGGUCAAAGUCGGGAGGGCUAUACUCUCACCUACAGGGCUGCUGAUCGCUGUCGUCACUACAUGGUGGAGGUUCAGACCAAUGGGAAGUAUGUGAUCCUCGGGGAGGACCGGGCUCACUCCUCUCUCACAGAUCUGGUCCAGUGUCACACUGAGUUGGGCAUCAAACCCUUCAUGGAGCUGCUCACAGCGCCCUGUGGUCAGACGAGUGAACACGAGCCGGACUACGAAGAGCUCAGAGCCGCUUCUUCAGCUGCUUCAGUGGAGAACAGCGGUGCAGAGGAGGAACAUCAGGACACGGGUUCAAAUAAAAUCCACUUACAGCUGCAGAGACUCUUCCUGCCCCCGGGGCAAAACUCCAGCAGCGAGGCACACAAACCCCCUGUGCUGAAGCGUAUCUCUGACAGACGCCGACGGACCGAGGCUGCAGCGGUGGAACGCAAGGAUAACGAUGAUCACGAGAGCCGACCGUUCCCAAGACUCUACCCGUCCAUCAGACUGGCCAUGAGGGAAAUCCAGCAGAUCCAACAGGACUUUCAGCAGAGUCAGGAACACAUCCGUGUCCCCUCCAGCAAGCCCGUGGCCUCGUGGAAGAGGACCGAUGCGUAACACGUCGGACACGUGUUCUUGAUGCUGCUAUUAUUUUUGUUUCGUUCAUUUUUUUAUUUGAUUGUAAAUUGUAAUCAAGAUUUUUAACUUAAUUGACAUCGGUCUCAUUGGUUGUAAUUUUAUGGUUUUCUAUUUAACUUGUAAAUUAUGUUUUUGUUUCAUGUUAUUAAAUAAACAGUGUUUUAUACA